CUUGUCUCAGUGAUCGAAUAAGACCUAAGUUUUUUCUUCGCUGAUCUACGGUUUUUCUUUCUGCUGAAAUUGGUCGAAUCGCUCUGUGAAACUCAAUUGGAGGAGAAGAAGAGAAGGAGAGAGAGAUGGGUGCUCAGAGAAAAGGUGCACCUAGGGUUUCAGAGGAUGUUGAACUGUCUCGCCAAAAUUUGCAGGCCAUUCUUCUUGCUGAUAGCUUCACCACUAAAUUCCGUCCCGUAACCCUAGAACGCCCCAAGGUACUACUGCCGCUGGUGAAUGUUCCCAUGAUUGAUUAUACUUUGGCAUGGCUCGAGUCUGCUGGGGUGGAGGAGGUCUUUGUGUUCUGCUGUGCUCACUCAAAGCAAGUCAUUGAGUAUUUGGAGAAUUCUGAGUGGUACUCCCACCCGGGGUUUUUGGUGCAAACCAUAGAGUCACACAAUUCUAUUAGUGCUGGAGAUGCCCUGCGAUUCAUUUAUGAUCAACAGACGAUACACGGUGACUUUGUUCUUGUUAGUGGGGACACAGUGAGCAAUAUGCCUCUCACAGACUUGAUUCAAGAACACAGGGAGAGAAAGAAAAAGGAUGAUAAAGCCAUCAUGACCAUGGUUAUAAAGCAAUCAAAGCCUUCUCUACUCACACACCAAUCUAGGCUCGGAACAGAUGAACUUUUUAUGGUUGUUGAUCCAUCAACAAAGCAACUUCUUUACUAUGAGGACAAGACUGACCAGGGCAAAGGGACAAUUUGCAUAGAUAAAUCUUUGCUAAUGAAUAAUCCAUCGAUUUCUUUAUACAACGAUAGACAGGAUUGUUACAUCGACAUCUGUUCUCCUGAGGUGCUCAGUCUCUUCCAAGAUAACUUUGAUUAUCAACACCUACGCCGUCAUUUUGUUAAGGGGGUGCUUGUUGAUGAUAUAAUGGGAUAUAAAAUUUUCACACAUGAAAUUCACUCGAGCUAUGCGGCUAGGAUUGAUAACUUCCGAAGCUAUGAUACUGUAAGCAAAGAUAUAAUUCAGAGGUGGACAUACCCAUACGUACCCGAUAUAAACUUCAGUGGAUAUCGUCCAAUUAAGCUUGGGAGACAAGGGAUGUAUAGGGCAUCAGAAGCAAUACAAUCACGAUCUGCUGAAGUUGGACCUUUUACUGUGAUUGGUUAUGAUUCAAAAAUUGGGAGUGGAGCGAAAAUUUUGAACUCGGUUAUUGGAGACAGGUGUUCUAUUGGUUCAAAUGUAUUGAUAGAAGGUUCAUACAUAUGGAACAAUGUCACCAUCGAAGAUGGCUGUGAGAUAAGGCAUGCGAUAAUAUGUGAUGGUGUGAUAAUUAGAGCAGGAGCGGUUCUGCAACCUGGAGUUGUUUUGUCUUACAAGGUUGUGAUUGGACGAAACUUUGUUGUACCUGCAUAUUCAAAGAUUUCCUUACUUCAGCAGCCAACCGAGGAAGAUAGUGAUGAAGAAUUGGAGUAUGCUGACAAUAGCAGUGGGACUGCAGAUAUUUCGUUUUCUGGAACAGCAGGUUUGACAAAGUUGAAUAUUCAAACAGCAUCUGAAGCAGCUGAGACGGAUUCAUGGACAACGUCUGAGCUCGGUCCGGGUGGGGCAGGCUACAUAUGGGAAGCCUGUGAGGGGGCUCAUGAUGAGGAGUGGAAGCAUUCUGUUGCACCUAUCCCCAAAGAUAAACUUGCUGAGAUCACUCAGGCCACAGUUGACGAUGAAGACAUGUUGGCUCAGGAUGAUGGUGUUCUCCCUCCUUCCGGAGAAUUGAAAUCGGAUGCUGAUAGUCUUGCUGAUAACGAAUAUUCCAAUGAUGACUAUAGCAUCUUUGAGAAAGAGGUGGAAGCUACCUUCUUAAGGGCUGUUCAGGAGAACGUCAGAGUGGAACAUGUAAUUUUAGAGGUGAACUCGUUGCGGUUGUCAUUCAACAUGGAAACCGCGGACUGUACUGGAGCAGUAUUCUAUUCUAUGCUGAAAACAGCAAUGGAUAUGCCGCAUAACGCUGCUAAUGAACUAAAAAGAAAUGCAGAAAGUGUCAUUACGAGGUGGAAAGGGCUUAUCGGGAACUAUGUAAAGCAAAUCGAUGAGCAGAUUGAAGUGAUAAUGAAAUUCGAAGAGAUGUGUCAGGAAUCAGCAAAGGAAUUUGCUCCACUGUUUACCCAGAUUAUGCAUUUUCUUUACGACAAUGAUGUCCUUGAAGAAGACGCCAUCUUGAAGUGGGCCGAAGAAAAAGCAGGCGCCGAUGAAUCCGACAAAGUUUUUCUGAAGCAAGCUGACAAAUUCAUUCAGUGGCUCAAGGAGGCAGAGGAGGAGGAAGAUGAGGAUGACGACUGAAGGAGAAAUAAAACGAUGAUCUGACAAACACCACAAGUAAGUACAUAUGAAUGAAUUGAUCUCCAGGAAAUUUUCAAGCUGAAUUUGAUGCGUCUGACAUCAGAAGGUAUAAUCUUUUGGUUACAUUUUAUGUUUUAAAAAAAAAAUGAAAAAUCGAAACAUAACAAUUUCAGUUUAUUAUAUGUCUCUUUUCGCGGCGGUUUCCUCAUGUAUUAUUAGUUUCAUGCCACAGAUUCUCCAGAUUUUGAUAACUCAAGAGUGAGAAACUAUGUGGAAUAAGUUCCAUAACCAGAUUUUUCUUGUACAAUGUCUA